AAAGCAAAGAUUUAUAAUCAUAUCAUAUAUGAGGGUUCAAGCAAUGUGCAAACAGAACAAGGUGAAUCCAAUGACAGAAUAAAAACCAAAACCAGAAGUAAGAACCAGUCAAACCAAUAAGCAGAGACAAGGCUCAGAAAUGUCACACAGACUUCACAAAGAGUGUUUGAACAGUAUACUGUGUAGGAAUGAUAUGAGAGACAGAUGUGCCUGACCACCUGUCUUGUUUGGUUCUUACAAGCAGGCAGAGAUGCUGAUGUGACAAUAAAUAAAUUAAUUAGCCUAUAAAUCAACUAAAUAAACUCAGCAAAAAAAAAAAAAAAAGUCCUCUCACAUUCAACUGCUUUUAUUUCCAGCAAAUUUCUUAACAUGUGUAAAUAUUUGUAUUAACAUAAAAAGAUUCAACAACUGAGACAUAAACUGAACAAGUUUCACAGACAUUUGACGAAGAGAAAUGGAAUAAUGAGUCCCUGAACAAAGGGGGGGUCAAUAUUUAAAGUAACAGUCAGUAUGUGGUGUAACCUCCAGCUGCUUUAAGUACUACAGUGCAUCUCAUCCUCAUGGACUGCACCAGAUUUGUCAGUUCUUGCUGUGAGAUGUUCCCCCACUCUUCCACCACUCUAUGAUCCACUAAGGACCUACAUUAUAUGACCCAUUGUAAUUGCUGCACAUUGUUUACCAAAUGAGCAAAUAACUAUGCUGACUUUGGGUGUUGCACUUUUUUUUUUUAUUGGAAUUACUAUUUUUUCACUAGAAUCCUGAUCACCUUGUGCUACUUUAUUUACAGUCCCACCCUUGUGCUGUGAGGUGUGGAGAGCAUCAAAACACAGGUUCUAAAGGUCCCAAAGCGACCUUAUGCAUGUAAUAGUCUUUGUGCACCAAAGAAGAUAUAAACUCAAAGAAUUUAAAUCAUUUUUGCAUGCCAUGAUAGACAAUCGAGCUCUCUCUGAAUGAGGACAAACGUUUAUCUUAAUCCCUUUACUCAGAAUACAAAGUUAGUCACUUCUCUUUUGCUUUCUGUUUUUGUCUUUUUCAUGAAAUGUUUGUUCUUUGUCCCAGGAGAAAAGAAUAUCAGGGGCAAAAUGGAUCCACCCAAUGGUUUGAAUCGACCAUUGGACAUUGUGCCAAAUACUGAUGAGAAGAUGAAGGACAGAGGCCAGUGGAGCAACAAGCUGGAGUUUGUGCUCUCUGUAGCUGGAGAAAUUAUUGGACUAGGCAAUGUGUGGCGCUUCCCUUACCUCUGUUAUAAAAAUGGAGGAGGUGCUUUCUUCAUCCCUUACCUAAUCUUUCUCGCCACUUGUGGAAUCCCUGUGUUCUUUCUCGAGACAGCGCUGGGUCAGUACACCAGUGAGGGAGGAGUUACCUGCUGGAGGAAAAUCAGCCCAUUGUUUGAAGGCAUUGGUUAUGCCACCCAAGUCAUAGUAGCCUUGUUGAAUAUCUACUACAUAAUCGUUUUGGCCUGGGGGAUCUUUUAUCUGUCCUUCUCCUUCUCUUGGGACCUGCCAUGGUCCUCCUGCAACAACACCUGGAACACAGGUGUGCUGGUUUCAAAUCGAUUCAUCAUCCCUUAUUUGACUUUGAGUAAUGUACCACUGUAUGCAACAGUGCAAAUGCAAGUAAUGCAAAAUAAUUUUUAUGAUUGUGUCUUCCUCAGAAUUUUUACUAAUAGCAAAUUAUAUUGUUUAGAUGAAUGCGUGGAAUUUCACCGAAGAAAUGAUUCUAUUGACCAGUGUCAUCUGGAGAAUGCAACUUCCCCAGUUAUUGAAUUUUGGGAGAGAAGAGUCUUACGGAUCUCCUCAGGUAUCGAUGAGAUUGGAGAGCUGCACUGGGACAUGGCCCUCUGCCUGCUUCUUGCUUGGAUCCUUUGUUACUUCUGCAUUUGGAAGGGUGUCAAGUCCACUGGGAAGGUUGUUUAUUUCACUGCAACCUUCCCGUAUGUUAUGCUGCUGAUUCUGCUAAUCAGAGGGAUUACUUUGCCAGGGGCAUCACGAGGCAUCCAGUUUUAUCUUUACCCAGACCUCGGGCGUCUGGCAGACCCACAGGUAUGGAUGGAUGCAGGAACGCAAAUUUUCUUCUCUUAUGCUAUUUGUCUGGGCUGCUUGACAGCACUGGGCAGCUACAAUAAAUACAACAACAACUGCUACAGAGAUUGCGUGGCUUUAUGCUUCCUGAACAGUGGUACAAGUUUUGUAGCUGGAUUUGCUAUUUUUUCUAUCCUGGGUUUCAUGUCUUUCGAGCAGAAUGUCCCUAUUUCAGAGGUAGCAGAAUCAGGCCCUGGGUUGGCUUUUAUUGCUUAUCCACGUGCGGUUUCCAUGAUGCCUUUCUCUCCUCUAUGGGCCUGUUUCUUCUUCAUUAUGAUUGUGCUGCUCGGCCUGGACAGUCAGUUCGUCUGUGUGGAGAGUCUGGUGACGGCGAUAGUUGACAUGUACCCGUCAGUGUUCCGUCGUAAAAACCGUCGAGAACUCCUCAUCCUUGCUGUGGCCUUCCUUUCCUUUCUCAUGGGAUUGAUCAUGCUGACAGAGGGUGGAAUGUAUGUCUUCCAGCUGUUUGACUACUAUGCAGCAAGUGGGAUGUGCCUCCUCUUUGUUGGCAUUUUUGAGACUAUAUGCAUUGCCUGGAUUUAUGGUGCUGAUCGUUUUUAUGACAAUAUUGAGGACAUGAUUGGUUAUCGACCUGGACCUUACAUUAAGUACUGCUGGUUGUUCCUGACUCCAGCCACCUGUUUUGGCACCUUUGCUUUCUCUUUGAUCAAAUAUACCCCACUAAAAUACAACAAUGAGUAUGUGUAUCCAUGGUGGGGUUAUGCACUGGGCUGGCUUCUAGCUUUGUCGUCCAUGGUCUGUAUCCCUCUAUGGAUCGUGUAUAAGAUGGGCACUGCGGAAGGAACACUAAGAGAGAGAUUCCAUGAGCUGACCACACCAUCCCCUGAUCUGCCCAUAACACGACAGGAGCAGGAAAAACUACAGGUUAUCUUUGCUGCUGAUAGGGAAGGUGUUCCCCUGAGAAAAGCUUCUACCAAGGCUGGAUACUUUCCUGUCAGUGAGAAGGAAUCGCAAUGCUGAAUUAUUUAAUGGCAAGAGACACUAUGGACCACUAUUUUUCUAUAAAAGUGGUCCUUGGAACCCUUACAUUAAUACCUCACACUGCUGACGACAGUCAAAUAGUACCAAACAGAGGGGAUAUGAAAUCCGGAUCUUAGAAAAAGCUAUGUUGCCCUCUAUGGGCACCUUUUUGAUUGACAUCUAUUUUCUCCAGAGGUGUGGGCCAUUUUCCUGUUAAUCCACUGCAUCUACUGCAAACCUGAACAGGAUAAAUCAGUUACUGAAGAUGAAGGAAUGAAUAAAGGUUCCCUACUACUUUUAGAUUUAAACCUGGGCAUAGGGAUGAGGGGCAUUGAGUUAUUGACAAAGACUGAAUGUGGUUCAACAUUUUCCAUAUUUUUUGGUAGAUAUAUUUUUUUUAGGGGGUAUUUUCCCCCUUUUUCUAGCACUGUCUAUAUUUUGGAGUCUGGCUGUUUAACAUAAUUGGUUGUUCCUAAAAAUGUGUAAUAAAAUAGACACGUAUACGCCACAAAUUGUGUCAUAAACUGACAAGAUUUUGUAUUAAAUAUAUUAUAUAUAAUAUAACAUUUCAUUUCAAUGCAGAAUUCAAUAUUGUUGCCAAAUUUAACAUAGGUCUAGGUAUGUGUGGCUGUGUUUUAUUAUUAUUGCAUGUUAAACCACUACACAAUCUAUUUGUGUCUUUAUAAUUGGAAUUCACUUUACAGUAGGAGUUCACUAAAGGACAGAAAGCUUUAUGAUAUUUCAAAUUGAACAUAAAAACACAAUGGAAUUCACCCACACGAAUGUGCUGGAAUUGGCAUAAAAGACCCAAAUGGCCAGUCAUCAUUUUAUUUUCAAUUUGUAUAUCCCAGAAUUUUCCCAGUGAUACAGAUUUACACAAUACAGUGCAGUCCACUUUAGAACACAAAAUAUGUUGUGGUACUUGUAAUCAGUAAUACAAGUGCAAUCUUAUUACAUGAGCAAAGUUGUAAACUGAACAAACCAGACACUAAUUGAUUAUUCAUUUAUUAAUGAACAAUUAAUUGUUAAUUAAACUAUUAAUUCUAAGCCACAAAUCUUCAUUAAAACAAGU